AUGCGUUUCUCCGCCGUCAUCCCGAUCGUCCUGUCGACGGUCGCGCUGGCCCUCACAUGUCUCGCGCUGUUCUCUGGCCGCGAGAAAGACUUCCUCACAGACGUCUACAUCAUUAGACUCAACACCACCAACAUCGGCGCCAACGCCACCAUCCCCACCACCGGCAUCGCCAGCGUCGACACGCUCACCUCCCAACUCACCUCCUCCCUCAUCUCCUCCACCGCCGCCGCCCUCGGCCUCUCAAACGCCUACACCUUCCACCCCACCGGCUACUGCGAGGCCGCCAACUCCACGGCCAUCACCCGCUGCACCUCGCGCCCCAUGUUCACGUUCGACCCCGUGGGCAUCCUGUCGAAGGAGCUCAACGCCACGGGAUUGGGCAUCACGUUAGAUGACAUUGGCUUUCCCACGGACGACGUAAAUACCGCGGUAGAGGCGCUCAAUAUCGCGUAUAAGGUCAUGUUUGUCACGUACUGUAUUGGCGCUGGUGCCGCCGCGAUCUGUAUCAUGGCGGGCCUGAUCGGCUGUGGCGGCGGCGGGAGGGGCGUGGCGUGCUGUAAUUGGAUUUUUGCGACCAUUGGCUUCCUCGCACUCGGCAUUGCCUCCGGCGUCGGCACCGCGCUGGCCGUGAAGCUGACGGAGAUUGCGAACCGCGAGCUGCGCAACGUUGGCGUGACGGCCGAGUAUAGUGUUGAGUAUCUGGGCAUCACGUGGGGCGCUGUUGGCGCGAUAUUGGUGGUGGGCUUGUAUUGGUGCGGGGCGUGUAUCUCGGGCAGGAGCGAGGGGAGGAGGAGUAAGGAGUAUGCGGAUGAGGGGGCGAUGGGCACGGGGGAGGGGAGGAGGAGGGGGUAUUGGUAG